AUGCCUGUGACAAUCAACCUCAUAUGUGGUGCUGAGGAAGACGGGCAAACAACUCUAUCACCGUUAAUCUUCAACAUUGAUGAUAUUAAGAAAUUGAGAGAACUUGGUAUUUGCGGGAUAUUGUCCGGUACAUUAUCAUCUGCAGCACAACAAAAUAUUUUCUUAUCGGUUCCUUUGAAAUUGAUGAUCGAGGAAGCUAUUUGGUUACAUUUAAAUGGAUUAGCAAAAUUUAAAGUCCUCAAAGGAGAUACAACACAAUUAAUAGAAGGAAUAUUGGAUAGGAACGCAUACGAUAUACAUAACCUUACGAAGGAGAGACUAAAAAUAUCAUUCGAGUUACAAAGAGAAUAUAAAAGAGAACAGCAUCGUUUGAAAUUAGAACGAUUAGGAAUAAUUCCUCCCGAGACUUCUAACGAAACUACAGGAGAUAAUUCACCAAAUGAAAAAUUAUUAGAAGCAUCGUUAUUUAUAGAGACACCAACAACAUCCAAUUUACUAAAUAAUAUUCAUUUAAAUUAUGAAAAUGGGAUCAAUGAUUAUUUACUACAUAUAUUAAUCUCACAAUAUGGGAAUUGGGAUAAUUACUUACUUUUCCAAGUGUUGAAGGAUAGAGGGUAUGUAUUAGCUCCCGGUGGACGAUUUGGUGGGAAAUUUAUUGCUUACCCUGGAGAUCCAUUAAGGUAUCACUCACAUAUGGUUGUUAGGGAUGCAUUACAUUAUAAAGAUCAAUCUCUGGAUCUUCUAGAAUUAGCCGCAAAUGCUAGACUGGGAACAGCUGUUAAAAAGAUUUGGGUCAUAGGGGCACCUGUUCCGAAGAAUGAUGAAAUGGAAAGUAACAAGACACAAUCGAAGAAAGAUGUGUCUUUCUAUUCUGUGGAAUGGGCAGGGUUUGGUUAA